GUGCGAGACGGUUUCGUGGCAAUUUUUGAUGGAUGGCAGUAUGGUUCUUCAACAGAAAAACAAAGCUUCAUCGUCCUGUGUGGAGGGGCUAGCUAGAAUCCCAAGCAGACAAUCUCUUGGUUCGUACAUGAUACGCUGAAGCACCUGCGAAUAGCCAACUUAUUAUAGCAAGCUAGCUACGAUACGCAGAAACCACCAUGGGGCCCUCGGAAUCCACGCGAAAAGGCAGCGAUGGCAGCAAAACCGGUCGCACGCAGUCCAUUGUCAUGGCCAUUAUUAUGAUCAUGUGCUGGAGACUAUUUGUGGCAACAGAAACAUUGGAAUCCUUUCGGUAUCCCGUUCAAAUGUUGGAUGGGUUUGUGAGCCGUUCGGUCGCGACGACCACCUCGUACAGCGCCGUCUUGAACAGCAUGAUGAUGAGUGGCGCAACGGCCAGUCGUUUCCGAGGGGAUCCCGUUCGUACCUUCAAUGGACGUCGGCGCUUUGAUGGUGGAUUCACCACGAGUGCAACCUCCUUUUUUCGUACCACGCUCGAAAAGAUGGAUAAUGGCAACAGUCCUGCCAGUGAUCUAUCCACUUUUCUGCAGAGUCAACCUUUGUAUAAAAAAUGCCACAAGUGGGCUGUUGUUACCACAAUAUACAAACCUUCUGAUGCUGUCAAAAGGGUGGGCAAUGAUCUCCAUGAUUGGUGCAUGGUUGUAGUAGCUGAUACGAAGACACCUCAAGACUACAUGGAAGCUGCAGGGUGGAGCUCUGGCGUGGGAGCAACAAGUACUGACAUGACAAGAAACGUUCAAUUCAUGUCCGUGUCAGCUCAAAGUGAGCUUGCCAGAAUGAUUCCAUUUGUGAAACAGAUGCCCUUUCAAAGCUUUGCACGCAAGAACAUUGGCUAUCUUUAUGCCAUUUGGAUGGGGGCCACUACCAUCUUUGACUUUGAUGAUGACAAUCUGGUCAAGCUGGACAAUGGGACAGCAACUGAUGCAAUUUUGUCAGGAACACAACUAAUGAAAGACUUUACCAAUGAGACAAAGAGUUUAGUCAUGGUCCGGCAUGUCAGUAUCGCCAUGGAUUUCAAAGACCGUGCUUUCAAUCCCUUCCCCAUGAUGGGAGCCACCAUGACAGAUGCAUGGCCUCGUGGACUGCCUUUGUCUCUGAUUAACAGUAAGUCAGCCAGGGGACAACGUGGUCCGUUGAUGCUCAAAGAAGUGCAGCAAUCCAAUGUUGCCAUCAUUCAGUCUGUCUGUGACAAUGACCCAGAUGUGGACGCUAUCUUCCGGCUGAGUCGACCCUUGCCAUUCAGCUUUCAAAGUUCCAAAACGGAUGCCAUGACAGUGGAGGUGCCAUCCCAACUCUACAGCCCAUACAAUGCUCAAGCAACACUUCACUUCCCCAUUGCAUUUUGGGGGUUGUACCUGCCCAUGACAGUCAAUGGACGGGUCAGUGAUAUCUGGAGGUCCUACAUUGUGCAGAGACUCUUGAGGGAGCUGGACACACAAGCACAUGUCUUGUACAGCCCACCCAUGGUGACACAGUUCCGCAAUGCUCAUGACUAUGUGGGUGAUUUUGCUGCUGAGCAGCAUCUGUAUCUGCGAACAGAAGCUUUUCUUGAGGUUCUUGAUAACUGGAAGCCCAGCUCACAGGGAGACACUGAUUCUUUGCAGGCUCGCAUUGAAGAUCUGUGGAUCCAGCUCUUUGAAAGGGAGUUCAUUGAGCUAGAGGAUGUCCAUGCUGUUCAAGCAUGGCUCACUGCUCUGGAGCAGGGUGGCUAUGUUUUCCCAGCCGUCAAAGACCACAGCCUUGUCAUUGAUCCAAGCACUGGUGGAGUCAAGGACCGACAAGAGUGUGCUCGUAGAAAACUGGCCAAUUGGGAAGAGCCCCAGCCAACCUUUAUGAAUGGAUCCAAUUUUGGCUCUUUGACAUUUGAACACGGCAGCAACAUAUCUGUGGCAAGGUUGCUUACAGAGUAUGAAGUGGACAACCCCUUUCCCCACAGCAUAGACCUCAUUUGCCGAGCUGGUGCCCGGCAUGGGCCAUGGGAACUUGCAACAAUGAUUGAGAGUGUACAACUCUACUGGCCCAAAUGUGCAGGGCGUGUCCUUGUUGUUCUUGACAUUGGAGAUGAAGAGUUUGCUCAUGAGAACAUCCCAUCUUGGAUUGAUGUCAUGUAUUCAAAGUUUGACUAUGGUAUGCCGGGUCGACUUGGGAACCAACUCUUCAACAUGUACUCUGAUCAGCAAGGCCGUUCUGAGUAUGUGUCAAUAAUUGACACAGAUACAAUAUUGGUGACACCUGUUACACCAGAUAUAGUGUUCAACAUGGAGAAAAUUGAUGAAGCUGGCAAUGCCCCACCAUACAUCCUAACAGACACCACUUAUCAGAAAGGAUUCUGGAGCAAGGGUGAUUUCUGGAUGUUUAAGGGGGACUCCAAUGAUUGGGUUUUCAUGGUGACUUUGCCUCAAGUGUAUCCACGAGCCAUGUUCCCCCAAUAUAGGGCAGGGGUUGAAGCAAUCCACAACAAUGAGUUUGAAACCACUGAUCUUUGGCAACACUUUCGGACAACAAUGAGAGGUGGUUGGAUGGCCAUGUCCCAGUUUUGUCUGUUAGGGAAUUGGAUGGUGCGUCAUUGGACCGAUGCUCCCUUUGAUUUAAGGAAUGAGACAGACAUCCCACCAAUGCGCUAUGGGUGUCAUAUGCCAUACCACCGUGGUCUUGAUUUUCGUCCUGGGGGAAAAGGGGACCCUCCGUCAUUCCAAAAAACAGGUCGGCGCCACAUCUUCGAUGGGCUUUGUGAGCUCUUCUGUCAUGAAACACCUCGCAAAGCUGGGUCACCACCACCUGUAGGACUGGAAGAUGGCAAUUUACCAAAGAUGCGAAAUUGUGCCUCGCUUUGCCCCUUCGCACCACCCCAGCCAAAGGACAUGUAUUUCAAAUAUGAGCUGAUUGUGUAUGGAACACCAGAACAAAGGCUUCAGGUUGAGGCCAACCAUUUUCAACCUUUCAAAAUGGCUCUAGGUUCUGUCUUCAAAUCCAAUGGUGCAACAACAAGCACCUACUGAUAGCAAUCAGCACUGGCGAUGAUAGCAGCAGUUUGAUAAAAGUAAUCAAUUUUUCAUAGGGUCUCA